AGCGCGCGCUGCUCAGGCUAGCACGCGAGGAAGCUGCUAGACGGAAAUGGCGGUGAUGGCCAGGCGAGCAGCAUGAAGUGCUGAUGCAUUACACGGAUCAAAACUUUCGACUGCCAGGACACCGUUGGGCAAAUGACAAUGACGUCGAAGUAGAACACCUUCCGUAGCUGUUAUUACGAACCUACAACACCUUCCCGGGAGAGUUUUCAUCUUGUCAGCGGAGGAGAGAAAAUCUCACCGGGAGCAUGGCUUCUUACAGCAACCAGUACAUCUUCGGGGAAUUCAGCCCCGAUGAGAUCAAUCAGUUUUUUGUGACUCCACGAUGUUACGUUGAGCUUCCUCCGUUCAAUGACAAAGUCCCGUGCGUCAGUCAGUCUUCUGGAAGUUACUGCACUCCUGCUGUACCUUAUAUUAUGGAGUCUAUGGGACUGCAGGUUUGCGCAGAAGACUAUCAGCGCAUAGAGUUUGGUGUUGACGAAGUGAUGGAUUCCAAGCCUGUUGGGGUGAACGAUCCCUUGUACAAGGUGUCAAGCACCCUCAACCCACAGGCUCCAGAGUUCAUCCUGGGCUGCCAGUCGGCCCAGAAGGCUCAACAGACGGCUCCUGCAGCAGCCGAUGUCCCUGAUGGAGCCCACUUCAACUCGCUGGAUGGAGCUGACUCGGAAGCCUCAGCCCUGGACAAUCACCAGGCCUGCCAGGACAUGGACGGACUCCCUGGCAGCCUGGGACAGCGAGAGAGAAAGAAAAAGAAAAAACGACCGCCGGGAUACUACAACUACCUGGACCCGUCAACUGGCAGCAACAACAGCAGCACCAGCGCAGCAGAUGGAACACCUGUGACAGCACUGGUGAACGGACAUACACUCGGUGGCCCACACCACAGUACUGAGGAUGUGGACAGUAAGGCAUUGUCAGGGGCUGAACUUUCCACCCCUGGACCUGUCCCCAUGGCAACAUCAACAGCUGCUGUGGCAGCAGCCAAGUUUGCCCCCACAUCCACUGCCAAUCAGAGGACUUGUGAUAGCCCUGAUGACUCUUCUUUGGACUUAACAAGUGGAGCUGCCUCUUUAUCAGAUGGCAACAAUGCAACUUCCUCCUCUUCAUCCUCCUCUCAAAGCAGAGGGAUGACGGAGGGAUCCAGGACUGCAGAUCAGCAGCCAGAUCAUUUGGCUCCACAGAGCCCUGAACUUUCAGAUACUCCACACAGCCCCCCCUCUAAAUCACCUCUUCCUCCUUCAGCUGCUGUGGCCACCCCCUCUGUUAUCACUUCCAUUACGACUACUGAACUAGAGGGAAGAGAUGUAGCAGACAGUGGGGUGGCCAAUGGGCUAGCAGAGCCUAAUACUCCUGUCAGUGCAGAUGGACACAAAGAUGACUGUGAGAGUGGGGAACAGGCUGAGCAGGUCACCCCAGACUCUGCUGCCCAGCCGGUAGUGACAGAGCAGGCACAUUCGCCUGUAAUUCCAGCUGCACCUACUGCCAAUCUUCCCAAAUCCUGGGCUAGCCUCUUUCACAAUUCCAAGCCUUUGCCCGGGGGCCCUCAGGCCUUUGUGGAGGUAAAGAAUGUUGUAGAAGUUGUGGCUCCCUCCCUCACUACGCCAGAGCAGCCUGAGAAAGUUGGGGAGGUAAAAGAAGGCCCUGUCCAUGUAUCAGAGGAUCCUAUGGCCCCUAAACUUGCAGAACUUAUUGAGAAUGUGAAGUUGAUACAUAAACCAGUGUCUUUGCAGCCGAGAGGACUGAUCAACAAGGGAAACUGGUGCUAUAUCAACGCUACCCUACAGGCCCUGAUUGCGUGCCCUCCCAUGUAUCACCUGAUGAAGUCCAUUCCUCUGCACAAUGAGACGCAGAGACCAUGUACCUCCACACCAAUGAUAGACAACUUUGUACGGCUGGUGAAUGAGUUCAACAACAUGCCCGUGCCAUCUAAAACCAAACAGCAAGCUGUUGGUGAUAAGGUCGUAAAAGACAUUCGGCCUGGUGUACCUUUUGAACCCACUUACAUUUACAGACUCCUCACUCUCAUCAAGUCCAGUCUUUCUGAGAAGGGUCGACAAGAGGAUGCGGAGGAGUAUCUCGGGUUCACACUCAAUGGAUUGCACGAGGAGAUGCUGGCAUUGAAAAAACUAAUUUCGCCUCAGGAAGAGAAAGCUCCCACACCCAACGGACCAGAGUCCCAACCAGGUGUGGAGGAAGAUGUUGCUGAUAAGGAAGAAGAAGGUAGUGAGGAUGAGUGGGAGCAAGUGGGUCCCCGAAACAAGACUUCCAUUACUCGCCAAGCUGACUUUGUCCGCACACCCAUCACCGAUAUCUUUGGUGGUCACAUCAGAUCGGUGGUAUACCAACAAAACUCUAAAGAGUCGGCCACUCUGCAGCCUUUCUUUACCCUGCAGCUGGACAUCCAGUCAGAGAAGAUCCGCACUGUCCAGGAGGCUCUGGAAACCUUGGUGGCUCGGGAGUCGGUCCAGGGCUACACUUCUAAAACUAAGCAAGAGAUUGAGAUAAGUCGGAGGGUAACUCUGGAAGAGUUGCCACCUGUGCUGGUGCUCCAUCUCAAGAGAUUUGUUUUUGAAAAGACUGGAGGCUGCCAGAAACUGACGAAGAACAUCGAUUACCCCGUUGACCUGGAAAUCAGCAAAGAUCUCUUAUCCUCUGGAGUGCGAAGCAAAGUUGUGAAAGGCCAAAGAACGUACAGGCUCUUUGCAGUUGUCUAUCACCAUGGAAACAGUGCGACAGGCGGCCAUUACACCACGGAUGUCUUCCACAUUGGUCUUAACGGCUGGCUGCGCAUUGACGACCAGGCAGUGAAGGUCAUCAACCAGUACCAGGUGGUGAAGCAGACUGCAGAGCGCACCGCCUACCUGCUGUACUACCGCCGCGUCGACCUGCUGUAGACACACAAAUACACAUCCUAACAUACAUGCAAGAAUACCCGAAUAUAUUCACAAACACAUACAGAACACACGCUCCAAAUGCACUCGUUGACAGUACAGUACAUGUACACACGACACAAACACACACCAAACUAAUGAACAGGAACACUGCCCAACUUGUUCUCUUGCAAGAUUUUCCUCUUCUUCCCUCCUGUCCCCGCUUUCCUGAGAACCAGCUUUUCCGACACCUUUUUCCUUGUCUCCUUUUUCUUUGCGGAAGGAGAGAAGCAAGCUGCAUUCACAAAGAUUUCCCUGUGACUGCUCUCUCUUCUCUGUGCACCACUGCUGUGUAUUUUUCCUUUUUUGUUUUACUGUUUAAGCAGCAACGAAGGACUGUUGAAUAGACAGGUGGGGUCGGGGUCACAGGUUAGGACCUGAGACUCUUUUCGGACUGAGCCCACAGCUUGGCUCGGAUAGCGAACAGUGGACUCACAGAGGAAGAACUAUCUACCACAGGCUGCAAGUGGACUGCUGGGGUAAUUCUCUUAUUAAAAUUACCUUUUAUAAGGAAAUGACCUAGAAAUAUCAGUGUUUGCCUUUUAGUAAAGGAGAACCGUCAGCCUAAUGAAUUUGCAGCAGUUUAAAAGCCUAUUUUUUUGCUUUUGUGCAUUGAAAAGGCCCAGCACCAGCAUUGUCAUGAGUCUCUCCUCUAUAGGCCAGAUUGUUUUCUUCUCUGCCACCACCAAGUCCUUCUUCUCCAUUUCCUCACUUUUACGAUGCUUUUAAGUCAAGGUACAACUUGAGCCAUCACAAACAGGAAAAAAAACAAAGAUAGGUGGUACAUUGAAUGGGAACUGGACAGCUUCCUUGUUUUGAGAGAUCCUUGUUGUGGUAUUUGGGUUUAGAUUUAGAAAGACUAUCUAAAAAAAAAAAAAUUAAUGCGCUUUAGAAUUUAAUAACAAAUACGCUUCUGUGCACAAAGUAUAAACCCAUUGAUGAUUUCAAUAUGACAGGAAAAUGCAUAUUUUACAAAUAUUUAGAUUAAAAUAUAAAAAAGAAAAUAUCUGAGAGAUCUAGCUGACUGAAAACGUGUUUAAGUCCGAAACGACUGCCAGUUUUUAGACUCAGUUCUUGCACUGGAUAAAUGGCUACCAAUCAAGACAGAUUCCACUGCAAAACCUGCCCUUAUUUGCUUUGUACAUUUCCUUCUCUAUCCAUUCAUUUUUUUUGUCUUGUCUAAAGGUUCCACCUGUGUAUUGGUGGCUUAUCAGUGUAGUUUUGAGCCACGCCACCCUUCUUACCCCCCAACUCAGCAGAAAGCGGGGGCUGCCUUAGGUUCAACGUGUGAUGUUUUUCCACUCAGCGUACGAGUCUAUCCCUAAUCAGGCAGCAACUGCAAGUCUAAAGCCUGUGAAGAGUUAAGGGAAUGUACCUGACACCUCUGUGUUUGCUCUUUUGUGGCUCAGCGUUUCCUCCCAGCUGAGGGAAACUGAGUGUUGAGGGGAAGUGGGACUACAUCUGUGCUAAGCUCUGCAUAAAGACCCCCAGACAUGCGCACAAAAGGAGAUAGUGUUUGCUUUUGUUGAAGAUACUGAUUUUUGGAUCAUUCAUUGAUUGUGAUGAUUUCUUUUUGUUUGAGUUACUAAAAGAUGUUAGUUGUUUUUUUGUUUUGUUUUUUUUUCUCUUUUUGUCAUUGAUCAUUUAUUGGAUGUCAUGAUGCUCUCGCUCCUUUCAAAAAAAUCUGCUUGCAUUUGAAUUGGUGUUUGAAAAGAAAUUACACAGGCUAAAGCACAACAACAAAUAAAAUUAAACUAGUUCUUUGCUUGAUAUUUAUUUCCCUUUUGUCAUUUUAUUUUCUUUUGAUAUUUGUUCUUUCACUCAAGACCCAUUUCAUUCCAGCCACCAAUGUCAGAAUCUCAGUAUUAACACUUCAGCUCAAGUAUUUUCUUCAGUUUCUCACACAUACCUGUCUGUUAAUUAAGAAAAGGUAACCAGGUGAGACAGUGGUUGACCCACGUUUUCCUGCUUCUGAUCUCAGAAAAGCUGCAGUGUAAUAACAUUUUCAUGUAGAGCAGCGCGUGGAUUUAAGUUAAUUUAUUCAUUGAUUGCAAGUUCACAAAGCCGAAUUAGGUUCAGUCUUUGGAGCUGAAAUUCAAUUUAAGUGACAUUUUCCAAAAUUAAAUAUUAGACUUAAAUAAUUCAGUGUUAUUUUUAGCAUCAUUUAGUGGUGCAUAGUGUCGAUUGACUUUUCAUGUGGGUUUCAGUCAGAAGCCUUUCCCAGGUAAACCAAAGGACAACAUUAUACAGGCCCUACUGCCUUUCAUUCAAUUUAUAUUCUAACUUUGUUUUGCCUUUUCCGUUUGAGGUCUUAUUGCCAUGUCUCAUCACAGUCCACGACUCAUAGCACACAGGAAACGGCAUGCUGUUUAGACAGUUGAUACAUGUUCUAACUUUCACAAUAGUUCAGUUGUGCUGCUGGCUUUGUAGUCAUUUCUGCCAAAUUGUGACACUGUUGAUUUGCAUAUUUUCUUUUCCCCUUUUAAAGAAUGUCUGGAAGUUGGGACUUUGAAACAGACACCUUGAGCUUUCUGUUGUACAGUUUUAUCUCAGUCUCUGAUGGCUGGUCAGGAAAUGUGCUGGUGAAAUGCUUCAGUAAUGUCUUUCUUUUUCAGUAUGUGCUCCUAACACUAUUGUCUGCUGGGAACUGUUGGGAUAUUGACCUAAAAACAAAAUCUAUACUGUCUUUUAAUUUCAAGCCUCCAGCAUUCUAUUUUUGUUUAUUGUUCAAAUAAAGGAUUGUGCAAAAAGCAGUUUGCUAAUCAACUGUA